AUGGGAAUAAAAGGCACCGUUCGUCGCAGCACUGAUGGCCAUAUAAUACACGCCAACAUUGAUACCGAUGUUAUAAUAGCUGAGGAACCCCCAUACGGUUCGACUCAAAAGCCUGAGGAUAUGUACAGGAUUAUUGAGCACUUUGCCCUUGGCCGCAGGAGGCUUGAACUCUUUGGUGAAGACCACAAUAUUCGGUCUGGUUGGCUGACUGCUGGAAAAGGACUAUCCUCAUCAAAUUUCAAUGCCGAGGCCUAUCUCAGGAACUUUGCUGACAAGGACGGAAAAGUUUGGCAAGGAGGGGGUGGACGAAAUCCACCUCCAGAGGCACCUCAUCUUGUUGUGACAACCCCCGACAUAGAGGCCCUUCGGCCCAAAUCGCCAAUGAAAAACCAGCAGCAACUGCAGCAGCAGAAUUCAGCAUCCAUUUCUCUGACCACGGCAAAUUCCUCCAACAGAAGGCCGGCUGGAAAUUCACCACAAAAUCCAACUGCUCUAUGUAUUAACCAAGAGGCUUCAAGUUCCAAUCCCUCAACGCCAGCUCCUUGGGCUUCACAAUUGGAGGGGUUUAAAGGGCGAGAGGGCAACAAUUUGCCGUCAGAUGAUAAGGUUUUUGAUAUGUAUGGGUACAGUGGACAAGCAAAUGGAGACUUUAUAGAUUUCGAGUCUCACAGACACAUGAAUUUGUUGUAA